AUAUCGACCUAUCGGCGGACUGAGGUGUAAUUUGCUGACAGCCUCUGGAGUCGCUGAACUUGGUGUACUGCAGGAUAAAGCAGUUCCCGAAGACUUAUCCUGUUCAGACAAACAUAACAAACCACAAUGAAGCUGAUCUACUGCUGCAGUGCCUUGCUCCUGCUCCUGCUUAUUCCCAGAGCCUGUGAAGGUGGCAACAUCUUGGUCUUUCCCAUUGAGGGCAGCCACUGGGUGAACAUGGAUAUUCUACUUCAAGCCUUGCACUCGAGUGGACACAAUAUAACUAUUGUACGUUCCAGCAAAAGUUGGUACAUCAAGGAAAAAUCCUCUUAUUACAAUACUCAUACAGUUCAAGUGGAGAGGACCUUGGAUCAGAAGUUCAUAACAGAUUUAAUUAAUAAGAGCAUAGCAUUUGAAAGGGGGGCUCUUCCCUUGACAAGUUUUCUCCACAUGACUGUAGGAAUGUUCGGCACGUUUGUUGAUGCUCACCAAGCUGUGGGUGAAUAUGUAACGGCAAUGUUAGAUGACCAAGAGCUGAUGAGAAACAUGAAGGACAGCAAGUUUGACCUGGUACUCACUGACCCCUGCUGGGGCGGUGGAGUCCUUUUGGCCAAAUAUUUGAAUCUUCCUUUGGUUUAUAAUGUACGGUGGCUAAUAGCUGGAGAGGGCCAUCUUGCGAUCGCUCCUUCACCAUUAUCAUAUAUUCCUAUAACAGGAUCUGGAAACACUGAUAAGAUGACUUUUUUUCAAAGAGUUAAAAACAUCAUAUUGCAACUAAUUACCCAAACACAAAAUGAGCUGGUCAUGAGGCUAGUUUACCAGGAAAUGUGUGAUAAAUAUCUUGGGCCUGACAAUGACUUUAAGAUGUUAAUGCUUGAUGCAGACAUCUGGCUCAUGAGAGUGGACUUUGUGUUUGAGUUCCCCCGUCCCACCAUGCCUAACGUUGUCUAUAUGGGAGGGUUCCAUUGUAAACCAGCAAAACCUCUUCCUGAACACCUGGAGGAGUUUGUGCAGAGUUCUGGAGAGCAUGGGGUCAUCAUCAUGUCUCUGGGGACUUUUGUGAGUGAACUUCCUGCUGAUCUUACAGAAUACAUUGCUGCAGCUUUUGCUAAAUUACCUCAGAAAGUCAUCUGGAGGCAUAAAGGUGACAGACCAGCCUCUCUGGGCAACAACACUUUAAUAGUCGACUGGAUGCCUCAGAAUGAUCUUUUAGGACAUCCAAAAAUGAAACUAUUUGUGGCUCAUGGAGGAACAAAUGGAGUUCAAGAAGCUAUUUAUCACGGAGUCCCAGUUGUGGGUCUACCCUUGUUUUUUGACCAAUAUGACAACCUGCUGCGUCUGCAAGAGAGAGGAGGAGCUAAGAUUCUAGCCAUUCAAACAGUGGACCAAGACGACAACUUUCUUAAGGCCAUACAGGAAGUCCUGAAUGAGCCCUCCUACAGGAUGAACAUGCAGAGACUCUCCAGGCUGCACAGAGAUCAGCCAAUCAAGCCGCUGGAUAACGCCCUCUUCUGGAUAGAGUUUGUCAUGAGACACAAAGGUGCAGCUCACCUGAAAGCAGAGUCCUACAGAAUGCCCUGGUACUCCUACCACUCUGUGGAUGUGUUUCUGUUUCUGGCUGGAGUUUUUAUUCUCAUGCUCUUUACUACUUUUAUUUUCAUGAGGUGUUUAUACACUGCAAUGUGUAAACAUAAAGUGAAACGUGACUAAUCAUUCAAUGAAAAUACACUAUUGUUUAGUUCGUUAGAAGGAAACAUCAGUAUGAAACUGAUUUUGCAAUUCAUGAUUGAUAUAAGAUUUGUUUGACUGUCCAUUGUUAAAAUAAUUUGAUUAUUCUAUCUUGUUAAAAUGAUUUGAUUACUCUGCUUCUUUUUUGUGUCUCUCUUUUUGUCUUUGUGUGGUGAAGGUCGUAUGUUUCAGACUUCACAAACUGAAACCCGUCUGUGUGUAUCAGGGACAUAGAGAGUGAACCCUGAGAUCUCUGUAUUGCACAUUUCUUGACAUAUUGUAAU